AUGAUUCAGUUUCAAACCAUUGUUUGUGCUGCUGGACUACUAUCAAAUAUCAUAGUUCCAUCAGUUGUCACCUUGCAAACACGGUAUAUCGACAAAGUACAAGAAAAUCUAAUUCUCUAUAAUGCAGCAAUGAAUGGAUUGUUCUCAUUAUGUGCGCUAUUGUCCAAGCAAGAAUUCCUCUUUGGAGACCGAUCGUUCACGAUUCGAGCAAAACCACAUUCGUCAGUUCUCGCGCCAUAUAUCCAUUGCAUUCAACCUUUUGUUUUACUGUUUUUUGCUGCUAAAUCAGCAAUGUAUGCAAUUUCGCUCGUUUAUAACAUGGGAAGACAUCAGAAAAAGAAAACGAUAAGAAAUAGUUUUCAAUCUAUGAAGAUUAUUAUAUGGAUGUUGAUGCCAUUGUCAAUCGGAUGGAUAUGGUUUCUACCAGAUGCUGUUAUAACCGUAUUGGGCAAAAAUAACACGGUGAACGCAGCUUCCAGCAUCAAAGAUUUGGAAUAUUCAGUGAUAUGCUUUUCUGAAUUGACUAGCUAUUCUGUGCUGGCUUUAAUUACGGUUUAUCUCAACACGGCAAUGUUACUCUUUUACAAAUGCGCAAAGUUUGUCUAUUUAAUGCCAAUAAUUCAAUCGGAAUAUCGAAUCAAAAAAGAGCGUGUUAUAUUGUGGACUCUUAUCUGUCAAAUCAUAACUCAACUGAUAUUUCUACAUUUCAAUGUAGUCGUGGUGAUGUUUAUGGUUUUGGCUGGUAACGGAAAAAAUGGUUAUGGAGCAUUUUUCAUUGACUAUGCUCUUUGUAGCCCAAUGUUUGAGACCCUAGGAACGCUUAUCUUAUUGGAGCCAUGUGCAAGACUGUUUAACUAUCGUGCAACACAAACAGCCACUGUUAGACCAGCGUUGAUUAAUUUUGAAAGAAUUAACCAUUCGGAACCACAGUUUAAAGCCAAACCUCCACCAAAAAAUGAUGAUAUUGUUAAUUGAACGUUGAUUUGGUUAAAAGUUACUUAUGCUUCUCCCCAUGAUGUACCUCUGCCUAAUCCCUUGACCUCUUGAAAUAUUAUAGUCACCUACACCAAGUUCCACAAACCCUAAUUAUUCAAUCUAUGAUGAAUAAUUUUACAAUAGUCCCUAACAUAGUGCACGCAUUCAACAAGUAGCUGUUGUCCUUAAAUCUUUUACUUUUUUACUACUUCACCGAAAAACUCUCACAUGUCUUGAACUGUUUGAACUAAGCCUAGCUAUUUUGUCAUAAAACACCCCAGAUUUUAUUUAAAAUUUUGAUAAAAGAACACGAUUUUUGCUACUGUUCUUCUUAACACUCUUUUUUUAAAUGAAUCAUAUAAUCGCCAAAAAUU